AUUUUUAUCUUUAUUUAUAUGGAGUAGGACAAAAGAGUAUAUUUUCGUCCUCAAUUAAGGGACCCAGUGCCCCACCCCUUCCCCACCUCCCCCGGGCUUGAACACGAUUGCGGGGUGGAGGAACGAUUUGAACAUUAAUUUAGACUGGCCUGAAAUGCGAAUGGCAACCUGUCCCAAAUACUCGCCCUAGUUACCGCUCGACUAAAAAUAAAACACCUUACAACGACACGUUCCAUUUCCCGCUACAAAGGAAGCUUUACACACCUGUAACGUACCUGGAAACACUCGGGUACAACAUGGCAGUACGCAAGGUGUACUUGUGUUUGUUCGUUUGCAUUUCAACUGUUGUUGUCGAGGCCGCAUCGCCGAAGCACUACAAAGUGACAACACUUCCGGCGCCGCCUUACAUCUCGGUGGUUCCGGACAAGAAGAGCAGUCGGUUCGAGGGUAUCCUGGUGGACGUGCUGGAUGAACUGUCUCGGCGGAUGACCUUCACCUACGAGAUGACGCUGGUGGAUGACGGGAAGUACGGGUGGGAGACGAAACCCGGACUCUGGAACGGACUCAUCGGUAGUCUCGUCAACAAGACAGCUGAUAUUGCCGCCGCACCUCUCACGAUUGCCUCGAAGAGAGCCGAGGUGGUCAAGUACAGCCAGCCAUACAUGACGGCAGGAUUGAAGAUUCUCUACCGACAGCCGGCCGGCUGGACGAACAACGCGCCCAUAAUGUUACUUCUGCGACCCUUCACGCCAGGCCUCUGGGUCGUCAUCAUCCUGUUCUUCGCCGGGGUCAGCGUCCUGUUCUUCAUCAUCGGCCGAUUCAGCCCGUUCGAGGACGACCAGUUCGUGGGGAAGGCGGCCACCUACGAGGGCCUCACUCUCUUCAACAGCUUCCUCUACACGUUCAGCUCGCUCACCUGGCAAGGUUACACCGCCGCCCCGAGGUCACUAUCAGGGCGGGUCCUGGCGGCCACAUGGUGGGUGUUCUGUAUGCUGACGAUCGUGACGUUCACAGCCAAUCUGACAGCCUUGUUUCUGACGAGGGAACCCAACUUCCGGUCCAUGCCGUUCAUGACGUUUGAGGAAUUAUCCAAACAGACGAGCGUCAAGUACGGGACCUACAGUAAAGGGUCGACUUACAACUACUUCAAAAAGUCUAACAGGACUCUGGAGAAACGUCUGUUCGCUGCCAUGAACAGUGCCACCCCGAGCGCUUUCUUUGACACCUUUGACAAAGGGAUUCAGAGGGUCCGUGAGUCUGAUGGCGGCUACGCCAUGAUCGCGGAGGGACCCGUGGCGGAAAUGGCGGCAGAACAGGAACCAUGUGACCUGGUCGUGGUGGGCGAUACACUCACGGAGCAUGCGUACGGAUUCGCUUGUCAGUUGAACAGCACAGUCUGUGAUGAGUUCAACCAGCACCUUCUGGAGAUGAGAGAGAACGACUUUAUCUAUGAGACGAAGCAGAAGUGGAUGUACAGUGGCUGUAAUGAGAAGAGAAACAAGGAACUAUUUUUCCACGGCUUGGCGUUCCUUGACGCAUUUGGCGCCAAACCCGACGUGGAGAUGCAGACGGCUGUAACACUGCGCACGUUCGGCGCCGCGCUAAUUCUGCUGGUUCUUGGCUGUGUGUUCAGCAUCGUCAUCAUGGUGGUCGAAGUAUUUUAUGCUAGACGGCGAGGGCUUCAGUUUCCAUCGAGAAGUCGAAUGCCAAAUCAGCAGAGAAUUGAGGAACCUUUUGAAGAUGACAAGUAGAGGUGUUUCGUGGUUAACAGUGGCAGUAGUGGUAGUGGAGGUGGAACAGUGUCGCCAACUCUAGGCUAACUAAAACUCGGAGGCGAAACAGUGUCGCCAACUCCAGACUAACUAAAACUCGGAGGCGGACCAGUGUCGCCAACUCCAGUCUAACUAAAACUCGGAAUCGGACCAGUGUCGCCAACUCCAAACUAACUAAAACUCGAAAACGGACCAGUGUCGCCAACUCCAGACUAACUAAAACUCACAUUCUACUCCACGCCCACGAGUCUUAGUAUUGAAGAAUGUUCAACUGAGGAUCUUUAAGCAUUUGCACAACCCCUGCAAUUACCCACGGCAAUCGACAAUGCCGUGGAGAUUGCUGUGGAGUUUUAAUUAUCCACGGCAUUUUUAAUUUUUUUGUUCGUUAUGAACUAUAUUUGAUUUGUUUUCUUCCACAGCAUGUGUUUUUGCCGUAGACAUUUUCUUAAUUGCAAGGGUUAUGCAAGCGACAUAAUAUGUUAUGUAUGUACGUAUGAUUUUAUAAAAUUUAAUUCAGUAAUAUAUAUAUAUAUAUAUAUAUAUAUAUAUA